AAUAGACCUCGGCGCACCAGUUGGGCCCUGGAACGGUGCACCAACUGCCCGUGGGGUUGCAUCGGAGGUUGGCAUCUCCAACGCGCCCGGUCGGGCGUCGUCAAUGCUGCAACUAAAUUUCGCGACUCAACAGCUGAGUAGCAAGGGGCUUGCACAGAAGCUUUGUCAGGACGCCGUAGCAGCACUUCACCCGUCUUCGCCAUGACAGCUGUACAAGAAGAAGAUGCCACAAAUUCGAACAAGCGCAGUCAUUCCGAUUUUGCGGAGCAAGAUGGUUCUGACAGCUCCUCGGACGAUGACAUGGGACCACAGCUCCCCUCAGUGGCCCCAAAGAAGAAACGACGAGUCCUCCCAUACCAAAAGUUGUACAUAUCAGCCCUUCCCACGUCGGCGCGAUACUCCAAAUCCCUGAUGCACAAGGAACAGGUUUCUUUCGUGACUGUGACGCCGUUGACCGACUUCCUCAUUACAAGCUCAGUCGACGGGGUUGUCAAAUUUUGGAAGAAGGACGGGCAGGGUAUCGAGUUUGUCAAAGAGUUCAAGGCGCACCACGGCGAGAUCCAGUCCGUCUCGGUCAGCCAAGAUGGGCGAAGCUUUGCGACAGCCGGCACCGACAAGACCAUCAAGAUAUUUGACGUUAUUACCUUCGACCUACUAUCCAUGAUAGCUCUUGAAUACACGCCCAAGUGCAUAUGCUGGGUGCACAAACGUGGUGCUUCCCUCCCGCUACUGGCCGUGUCCGACGAUUCGAACCCCCUGAUCAAUAUCUAUGAUGGACAGGGCGAAAGCCAGACCCCAAUACACACCAUCAAGAGUCUCCAUAGAAGCAUUGUAUCCCUGAUGGGUUUCAACGAUGCGUAUGAUUGCGUGGCUUCCGCCGAUGAGAGUGGAAUGCUCGAGUACUGGAGUCCGAGCAACAACUACGAAAAACCAGACAAUGUGUUCCAAUACAAGAGCUCUACGAACCUUUUCGAUUUCAAGAAGGCCAAGUCAGUGCCUGUGUCUCUGACAAUAUCACCUUCGGGCCACCAAUUCGUCACAUUGUCGAUGCCUGAUCGCAAGAUUCGAAUAUUUGAGUUUGCCACGGCAAAGCUGUACAGGACAUAUGAUGAGUCUCUCCAGGUCAUUGAAGAGAUGCAGCAGGCAGGAACAUCUAUGCAGAAGCUGGAAGACGUGGAAUUUGGGAGGCGUCUCGCGGCAGAACGCCAGAUUGAGUCAACUGAUCUACGGAACAAGGUCAACGUGAUAUUUGACGAGUCGGGUCAUUUCAUCCUGUACGGUUCCAUUUUGGGCGUCAAGGUCCUGAACACCUUCACAAACCACAUUGUAAAAAUCUAUGGCAAGGACGAGAACCUGCGGCCUGUCAAUUUGGCCAUCUAUCAAGGCCAACCGCAGAAGAAAGGGGUGACGACGGUGGCCAUGGCCGCAUCCAACAAUCCCCUGCUUCAAGAGUCGGAGACGCGGGAUCCCAUGCUUGUUUCCACCGCAGUCGGAAAGCAACGUUUCUACAUGUUCACCAACGACGAGGAAAUAUCGCGAUCACAACGAGACAUUCAGAACGAGAAACCGACGAUGCUGGGUGCGAAGAAGGCCCAGCAGACGAAGGUAGCUGAGACUGGCACCGCCGCCAUCAUCCACACUUCGUACGGCGACAUUCAUAUUCGUUUGUUCCCGGAUGCGGCACCCAAGGCGGUUGAGAACUUCGUCACGCACUCGAAGCGUGGAUAUUACAACAACACGAUCUUCCACCGAGUGAUCCGAAAGUUCAUGAUCCAGGGCGGAGACCCGCUCGGGGACGGUACAGGAGGCGAGAGUAUCUGGAACAAAGAAUUCGAGGAUGAGUUCUCGACUCUCAGGCACGACAAGCCAUAUACUGUCAGUAUGGCAAAUGCAGGUCCCAACACGAACGGCAGUCAGUUUUUCAUCACUACAGAAAAGACGCCGUGGCUCGAUAACAAACACACCAUCUUUGGGCGGGCAACCCAAGGGCUGGAUGUGAUUCACAAGAUCGAGAACGUGCGCACUUACAAGGAGAAGCCUGAAGAGGACAUCAAGAUUCUCAAUAUCGACGUCGUAUAGCAUUGGGCUAGGGGGGAUUCUUGGUUAUGAUCAAUUGAGCCACAAACCACGAUGGCACUCGGCGGUCCAGAAGCCGUCUCUCUCUCUCGGUCAGAGCAACCAAUCAUAAUGACGACUUUCUAACGAGCCGUUGCAAUAAGCGGCUUCGGUCAAGUUCCUUGAUAACGGUUAGUGGGAAGGCGGAGUGGGGUCCACUCAGAUCUUGGUUACCUGAGAUGGGCGGAUACGUAGUAACUGUUAGAUAAGUUGCAUCGGCAUGAAGCGGCGCAGCGUUGCCGGCUGGUCAAUCCAUCCUAGCUUCGGCCGGGCUCUUAUCAAUGUUGCCCAUGCUAGUUCGAACACG